AUUAUGACGUUUAAGAUGGCGCAAGUCACCUCCCAACACUAAACCUCAACACAACGGUUUAUCUAUUCGUUCACUGUUAUUGUUUUUGUUUUCUGACGCACGUGCUCAAUGUCACGUUUGAAAGGUUUCUCACACUGCUGUUUCUCGUUUUCAUUUCGCUUCCUCCCUUUUUAUUUACAGUGCUUCGAUUCAAGCUUAGCAUGGACCAUGUCAAAAGCGCGAGCGAUUUGCUUUGGAGCCUUGGCAGCUUCUGCAGCCGCCAAGGCUACAGAAGGCAGCCACCAAGGCUGCGCUUCUGCAGCCUUGGCGGUGCAAAAGCGCUCGUGCAGCGAGUGCUCCUGUGAAAGGGUCUCAGGGCAGUCGAGGUCAAGGCAGGCCAAGGACGAUGCAACGGCUCACGCUUGCAGAGCCUACGCAGUUACUAUGCUGAGGCAGUGCUGAGGUGAGACGAGGUAUAACUGAUCUAGCUGCUAGAUGGUCGGCCUUUGUCACUUUUGCUUUAUUUUAUUUGAUAUACCGCUAAAGAAAGGCCUGAACGGCUCUGCCGGACGGAUUAGAGCAUUAUAAUAAUAAUACAGCAUCGUCCACACCGAUAGGAAUGGCAUCCAUGGCUGUUCUUCGACGCCAAUCCUCGGGACCUGUGGGCUGGAUUCGGAAACUGCGCGGGGUUUACGGACCCAGUCGCUGCCGUCGUCUGCACAACAGUCUGCAGCAGUCUCUCUUAAAUGGCACUGCGGAAGGUUACUGGAAAGUUCUGGCUGAUCCACCGACCAGGUUCAAUUUCCCUCGUGACGUCAUCGACUUUUGGUCUACUCAAGAAAGGGGUGCCAGCCUGAGCAAUCCUGCAUUUUGCUUUGCGGUGGAAGAUAAUCCUAAGGCAGACGUGAACUUCUCUUACACGGAACUGUCGUCCCUUUCAAAAAGGGUUAGCGGUGUUCUUAAGGAUCAGCUGGGCCUCAGCAAAGGAGACAGGCUCAUGGUCAUCCUCCCAAAGACACCAGAAUUUUGGCUUAUCAAACUGGCGGCACUUCGAUGUGGCAUCAUUCUGACGGCCUGCACGACAAUGCUGACGUCCAAGGACAUUGGGCUUCGGCUGACGAAAUUUGCACCACACUGCGUGGUGGCAGGGGAAGGACAGGCGGACGCAGUGGACCAGGUGAUUGGAGAAUUUCCAGGGGUAAGGAACAAGGUGGUGGUCUCAAGCUCUUCUGGAAGGAGCGGCUGGAAAAGCUUCUGUGACCUUUUGAAAGGUGCUCAAGAAUUUGAGGGCGUGGAAACACUGAGGGACGACCCUGCAUUUGUCUUCUUCACGAGUGGCACCACGGGACCUCCCAAGAUGGUGGAGCACAGCCAGGGCUAUUGUCUGGCACACCUCGCCACAGCCACCUGCCUCUACCAGCUGUGUAAGAGCGACAUGCUCUGGUGCAUUUCGGACACCGGGUGGGCCUUGGAGUCGUUCGGCACUUUCCCCACCUGGCUCACGGGGGCCUGCGUGUUCCAGGCACGCAUGCCCAGGUUCUCAGCCGAGACCACCCUCUCGAUGCUGUGUGACUAUCCAAUCACCAAGCUGUCCGCACCACCCACAGUGUACCGUGCUCUGCUGCAACUGGACCCAUCACUCUUCAAGUUUAGGUCUUUGAAUGGCUGCGUCUCCGCCGGAGAGCCCAUGCAUCCUGAAACGGUGCUUCAGUGGUUUGACAGAACAGGACUUCAAGUCAGAGAAGGCUAUGGUCAGACCGAAUCGGUGGUUCUUAGCGCCAGCCCUGUUGACAAAGUCAAGCCAGGCUCGAUGGGUCUUCCAGCACCAAAUGUCACAAUACAAAUUCAUGACGACGAAGGGCUAGAGCUUGGCCCUAGCGAAAUUGGUCACAUAGCUGUGGCUACGACUCCGAGAAAGCCUUUUGGCCUGUUCACCUGCUACAGGGAUGAACCAAGCAAAACUGAGAAGGCAUUUCGGAACGGCUUCUACUACACGGGCGACAAGGGCUACAAGGACAAUGAUGGCUACCUCUGGUUCUAUGCUCGAGCAGACGACGUCAUCAUCUCAGCAGGGUAUCGCAUCGGACCGUUCGAAGUGGAAAGCGUCCUGGCCGAGCACCCAGCCGUUGCAGAAUGCGCCGUCGUUGGCAGUCCGGAUCCACACAGGGGAGAGGUGGUGAAAGCUUUUGUAGUGCUUCGAGCAAGUCAUAGAAGCAUUGGGGACCUGGACGGGCUUGCUGUGGAACUGCAGGAAUUUGUCAAGAAGAACACGGCGCCUUACAAGUACCCCCGAAAGGUGGAAUUCGUCGAAGAGCUGCCGAAGACCAUCAGCGGCAAAGUUUUGCGCAGUUUGCUGAGGGAAAGGGAAAAGCCAAUCAAGAAGGCCUAAAGCCCGCCUCCCCCCCCCCCCCUCCCAAGUGGAUUACAGGACGUUGGCAUCGGCUCUUUCGAGCCUUCGUUCCGGCCUCGGAUGUUAUUGGUGGUGGCCUGCAGCAUGCUCUGUGCGAUGCGAUCCAUUUAUAACGAUACCAGAUAUAACGAUGUACUGCUUAUAAUGAUCAGUUUCGAGAGUUUUUAGACUAGAAAUGCUCAGUUUCUAGUCCAGAUACAACGAUAAUUGGUUAUAACGAUAAAAUUUUUGUGUUGUCUCAUUAUUGUUAUAAGUGGUUUGCACUUAGUCACAGAUGGGAUGAAAACGGCGCAGAGGUGUUUUAGUUGUCCUACCUCCAGCUCAAGCUUCCUGUUUGAUAACACUUGGGCGUUAAGUGAGCCUCCAGUAUGCACGCGCAGCCAGAGCCGUUUAUACUGAGAGAGUUCAGCGGGUAGGUAGAGCUUGUGACCCGCUAAAUUUAGCUAGAACUAGCCGACCUCGCGAUAAUGCAAGAUGGAUGUACGCCACUCCACUCUCGGCGAUCCCCCUCAAAUUUGCGGUUACAAGUGGCGUUAUGCAAACAUUUCUGAUACAUCUGUAUUCCGUCCCACCUGUAAUUGAUCACUGCAUUCAAAGGCCGCUUGUUUUUUAUUGAUCUCCAAUAACAAAACUUACAAAUAACCAUGCGCACAACCAAAGAAUUGAAGAAGGUAAUGAGUGCGUGCUGGAAGUUGAGCUUCAUGAGAUGCCCUGCUGUUCUUACCUUGCCACUAUGACCUACUAAACAUUCUUAAUGUACAAGGCGUUCCUGAGAAAAGAGAAGUGCAAUAUGUUUUGGCGGGUAAAUAAACUAUGCAUCGCAGAAAGUUCAAACUCUAUGGGAAUGUGAUGCUAGCGGUGGGGAUAGAACGCGAAAUGUUUGAGAACAUAUGUUACCCGAACAUUUAGAUAAUUGAGAGAGACAAAAUUUCUCUACGAGCAGACGCCCACCUAAGCCUUAUAUAGUCGAAACAAAAAAUGACACUGUGGCCGCAUGUAGCAUCUAUUUCACCGGAAAGAAAACUUGUUAACAGGAAAAAAACAUUGUCCUUUUUCUUGCCGACAAGUGUUUUUCACCGACAUAAAGUCCACAUGCUUCCACGAUGUCAGUCCUUGUUUUGACGAUAUGCGAAGAGCAAGUCAUCUACUUCUUGCGCAGGAGUUGUGGUGACAUCA